AUGGAACCAAGAAGUUGUGUUCCUGCAGCGGUCGACAAAGGCCUGAAAAGGUUAGACUUUCAUAUCAAACGAAACCGUGUUGAUAUCAAAAAACACAAGCAACUUUUCCAGGGAUUGUGACUCAAUAAACCCUGGGAUUCUACAAAACCUUAUAAAACGUCUUCGAUCGCCGUCCAAGUUCCUUCUUCUUCAUCUCCACACCGCUCUUUCCAUUUUGGCAGUUGAACUUCUAAACUCUGCCUUCUAACUACACUCUCUUCUAAUUUCCAUAUUCAAAUCAGUUGCCAACCGGUGAAUUUCAAAAAAAGCUUUCAGUCACAUAAAAGGGUCGACUCGCCAGAAGAAACCAUCCGAAAUGAGUCGUCUCCUCCUCCUCGCCCUUUCCUUUGUGGCGCUGUGCCUCGGCCAGGAUUCUAGUCUCUACGUCAACAGGAUACCGAUUCAUGGGCGGCUCGACGACAGCAAGACUUACACCUACUUUGUCGACGACAACUAUGACCCAGUUCAAACGGAAAACUACAAGACAGAGUCGAAUUCGAUCGCGAGUCUCUACGAAGACGACUAUUCGGCCGAUACAGUGUCGUGCACGGUUGCCGAAUGCCCGAAGCUCACCAGACUCUACGCCUACGUGGCUCAGAGCGGAGGAAAAGUGCAAUACACGCAAAUCCUCACGGCCGCCAUGAAGAACAGCUCGAUUUCUCCGAAGCCGAUGGGAUACGUGGCUCCGUAUCCGGGAUACUGCAGUUCCGAUGAUUCUCUGCCAAUUAUCGAGCUGUACUCGCAAACAUAUAACAGUAAGUGGCAUCAUCGGGAGACUUCCAUUCCGUGCUUCUUCAGAAUACGCGUACUGGAGCCCAGCCCAACCGAGCCAGUACAUUGUCCUCAACUCGACUGAUAUUGACCUGACGAGGUACGUUCCGAAACGUCUCGUCGGCUACGGACUUUCCGCCACGCCGGCCAGACUUGUGCUUGAGAACAAGUCUCCAGAUUACGCCAAGACUCUGUCCAGAGCCAACUACGUAAGCGGGACUCGAUCGAUAUUCCGAUGAAACGCGGGAAAUUACAGACUCACUCAUUCUGCCCAGCCAACGAAAUCGUCGAGUACAAGACUGGAACUGACACGUACAUGGUCAUUGGAAAGCCCGCGCACGUUGACGCCGUCCGGGCAAGAGCCACGGCCACGUUCUCCCGUUCGCUCGGAAUCUUCUUGCCGGACACUUCCACGGCCUUGUCUACUAACCAAGUUAACGCUCUCUGUGGUACACGCAUCACGAUCUGGGCAAUCGUUGACCCUGAAAAAGGUCAGUUCCCCAGUUUUGUGAAGACAGACGUCGGUGCUUACAGUACGGAGCCGUCUUGUGCCCGCCAAUUAUCUGAAAAAUCUUCCGCAAGGGUGGUCUAAUGGAGCUAUUGCCGGAACCACUUUCCGGACGAACGUGGCCGCAUGCGGAGGAAUCAGUGGACUGGCCAAUUUGACUGAGUUCGUUCACACGGUAUACAUAUCCCCGUCCGGUUUGUCUGAAACUUUGUGUUGUUUUCAGACCAACGCCAACCGCUACACGUACGCUGUUGACCCAGUUGAGGUUGCUGCUCUGAAGGCCGACUCGAACUGGAACGUCACUCCGGAAAGUCCGUCUCUUGGAUUCGCGCCAAUCGACAAGAUCGGAUUCACCCUUUUCAAUGACGUGUUCCAGGCUUUCUAA